AUGAGUGCAAGUAUCUGUAGUAAUUUUCUGUACAAGACUCGAACCAUAUCCAGAUCUGCUUCUUCUUCCAUCUUUCUUCAUCAUUCAAAUCAAAAUUUCAAAUCAAUUCCAUCUCAAACCACUGGAAAUCGUCUCUUCACCCAUCACCAAGAGGUAGAAAAUGCCCCAAACAAAGAAACCCAAGAAUCAACAAACCCUAAAAACCAAUUCGAUUUCAAAUCAUAUACGCUCCAAAAGAUCAGAAUAGUAAACCGGGUCUUAGAUUCCGCAGUCCCCAUUAGAAACCCCAUCAAGAUCCUGAAGCCAUACUCCCUGCUCUCCGGCGGCAAACGCAUCUGCCCGAUCGUUUGCCAUGCCGCCUGCCACCUCGUCGGCGGUGAUGAGUCGGCGGCAAUGCCCACGGCCUGCGCUCUCGAGAUGAACCACGCCAUGUCCCUGAUCCACGACGACCUGCCCAGCAUGGACAACGACGAUCUACGGCGAGGGAAGCCCUCUAGCCACGUGGUCUACGGCGAAAACGUCGCCGUCCUGGCCGGACCUUCACUCCUCGCCCUCGCGUUCAAGCACAUCGCCGCCGCGACGCUCGGCGCGCCGCCUGGGAGAAUCGUCCGCGUCGUCGUCUAA